GCCUUUAUCACCUCGCAGCGCCUUGCCUUUAUCACCUUGCAGCGCCUUGCCUUUAUCACCUUGCAGCGCCUAGGCCGGAGUCGGAGCUGUUGAAGUUGGUUGAAAAGCUGGACCAGUCGGGGAUCUCUCAUCUUGGCCAGGCUCCACCCCACGCCAUUUCCCGUGUCCGCCCUGCUAUCCUUCUCACCGGCAAGCAGAUUCGCGAUCGAGCUCGAACCCACGCCAUAGAGCCAAAGGCCGCCAUGGAGCCAGAACCGACAUCAUCCUACGACGGCAACUGUCACUGCGGACGGUACCGGUUCGAAGUCUCUCUCUCUGCCAGAAUCUCUAGCAGCUUCGCGUGCAGCUGCACGCUAUGCGCCAAGAAGGGCUACCUAUGGCUCGCCAUCCCCGAAGGAGCGCUCAAGGUGACGAGAGACGACGGCUGCUUAACCGAGUAUCAGUCCGCAGCAGCAAGAGACAAGUUCUGCGGACACUGCGGCACAGGAGUAGUCGGUGAGCAUCUGGACGGGCCACUGCGCGGCCACUUGCUCGUCAACAUUCGGGCUCUACAGGGGGUCAACCCCUUCUCGCUGGAGGCGUCAGAUGCCAUCGAGGCCGUCGCUGGCCAAGACACCAGACUCUUCGAACCGCUAACGGCCCCGUCUGACCCCCCGGCCCAGCACCUGCUCUCGUGCCAUUGCGGAAACGUCAAGGCAGAGCUGCUAGCCCCGCUUUCCAGCCUGCAAGCAAAGGAAGACAACUGCAGCUCGUGCGUGAGGAACGCAUUCGUCGGCGUGUACCCCAACAAGGACCAGGUCAGGCUCCACGGCAAAGAGCACACCUCCGAGUACCAGUAUGGCCGGAAGUACAUCGGACUGGUCCACUGCAAGGCCUGCGGGGUCAACGUCUACAACACCGUCUACGGCCCGCCGCUCAGCGUCUUUGACAGCGUGCCGCCAGAGAGGAAGGAGCGCGUCAUGGCGGCCUACAGGAAGAAUCUCGCGUUGCAGCCCUUGAAUGUCCGGACGAUCGAGAAUCUGGACUUGGAGUCUGUCAAGGUGGAGAAGAGCGACGAGGGCACGGAAGGCUACGUGCUCGGACCGUGAUAUCAGUGGGAAUGCUUUCCCUUUCAUCUUCUUUUCUUGCCCUCUUCAUCUUUUCUUUGCCUCUUUAUCCCUCUUUAUCUUUUCUUUGCCCUCUUUAUCUUUUCUUUGCCCUAGUUAUCUUUUCGUUGCGCUCUUUAUCUUUUCGUUGCCCUCUUUAUCUUCUCUAGUGAGGAAACUUCCACGGCAUUGCACAGGAUAGGCAUCAAGGCAGAGCAGAGGCAACGUCGUUUCUGUUAUGGCGGCUAAUGCCAAAGCAUAACAUUGAAGUUCAAUUCAACCCUUCUGCUAC